CGCACGUCGCUUCGAAGACGCUGUUACUCGGUUGUGCGGAUCGCGAGUUAAAUCACCGGAAAGCAGUUCUCCUUGCAAUCCCUGACACAGUGUGAUAGUCCUGACUCUUAAAAGGUUGAAAGGAUAUCCCUAGAAUCCUAGAAUGGCGACACCGCGGGAACAGUUCUUGUUCGGCAGCGACAACGGAGUUGCUGGACUCGGUCUGGGCAUCGAGAUCGGUGAGGUGACCUCCGGUCGCGUCUACAACUCCACCACAGUGCCUAUGAACAGCAGAAAUGGCCAGACCAGUGCGCCGCCCAGUGCCACGCCCCCGCCCGUUCCCACUCAGCCGCAGGUGGCCUACAGCAACGGGUCCAAGCAGUCCGCACUGGAACCCGUGGAGGAGGAGGAGGUGCACUUCGACACCGAUGCCCUCAACAACCUGCCAGCCCGCGAGCCCGUGGACAUGGAGUUCAGGGAGCUGUCCCUCACCGUGAAAUUGGGCUUUAACCGAGGUGAAAAGGAAAUCUUGCACAAUGUAUGCGGAAAGUUUCCUGGCAGUCAGCUAAUCGCCAUAAUGGGACCUUCGGGUGCCGGAAAAUCCACUCUGCUAGAUGCCCUAUCGGGUUUCAAAACGACGGGCGUGGAUGGCUCCAUCUUGCUCAAUGGUCGACGACGUGAUUUGCCCUCCUUCCGUCGGAUGUCCUGCUAUAUCACGCAGGAUGAUCGUCUGCAGCCCCUGCUGACUGUGAACGAGAACAUGCAUAUAGCCGCCGAUCUUAAGCUGGGUCAGACAGUCAGCUACGAGGAGAAGGAGAGCAGGAUUGAGGACAUCCUGCUGCUCCUUGGGCUGUACGAUCACGAUCAGACCUUGACAAUGCGCCUGUCCGGUGGUCAGAAAAAGAGGCUUUCCAUUGCCAUGGAGUUGAUUAACAAUCCCACUGUGAUGUUCCUGGACGAGCCCACAACUGGCUUGGACAGUAGCUCCUGCACAAAGGUCCUGGAACUGCUCAAGAAAUUGACUAGCCAAGGACGCACCAUUAUCUGCACCAUCCAUCAGCCCACGGCCAAGUUGUUCCAGAUCUUCGAUCAGGUCUAUGUCUUGUCGGCUGGCAACUGCGUCUACCAGGGCAGCACCCAGAAACUAGUUCCAUUCCUGCAGACGGUGGAUCUGCCAUGUCCCAUGUACCACAAUCCAGCGGAUUACAUUAUCGAACUGGCCUGCGGUGAAUAUGGCUACGACAAGGUGGACACCCUUAAGGGCGCUGCGGAGAAUGGAAGCUGCCUGACCUGGUUCGGCAAUCCCGGUGCGGUGUUGCGCUCCGAGGCUCUGAUGAGGAAGUAUCCGAUUCCAAAGAAAACCAAAAGCCGCUCCCUGGAGGACACCAGUUACUCGAAUCAGUGCUCGGUGCUGUUGCGAAGGGGUUUCAUCAAAGCGAAACGUGACACCACCAUGACGCACUUGAGGAUUGGGGUCAAUAUCGCAGUGGCCGUUCUGUUCGGAGCCAUGUACGAUCACACGGGACGCGAGGGAUCUCGAGUUCUGGACAACUACAAUUUACUAUUUGCCAUACUCAUGCACCAUUCCAUGACCACGAUGAUGUUGACUGUUCUGACUUUCCCCAUGGACAUCUCCAUACUGAUCAAGGAGCACUUUAACCGCUGGUACUCGCUCAAAGCCUACUACACUGCCAUUUCACUUGUAGACCUGCCCAUAUCGAUUAUAAGUUGCUUCCUCUUCACGGCCAUCGUUUACUUAUGGAGCUAUCAGCCUAUGGAGUGGAUCCGCUUCUGGAUGUUCUUCGCCAUUAGUUUACUGACCGUCUUUGUGGGCCAUAGUUUUGGAUUGAUGAUUGGUGCCUGGUUUGAUGUGGUCAACGGCACUUUCCUGGCUCCAGUGCUCACCAUUCCCAUGAUGAUGUUCGCCGGCUUUGGAGUGACGCUGCGGGAUCUGCCCGGCUACUUAAGAUGGGGCAGUCACAUAUCAUACUUAAGAUAUGGGCUAGAGGGCUUCAUAGCAGCCAUCUACGGCCUGGAUCGCGGUGUCCUGCAAUGCGAGGAAGCGCCCUACUGCCAUUACAGGUAUCCAAAGAAAUUCCUAGACGAGAUUACCAUGCGAGGAGAUCAGUUCUGGAACGACGUCUAUGCGUUGGUUGCCAUGAUCUUUAUCUUCCGACUGGUGUCCUAUGUCGUGCUUAAGGCCAAGUUAAAGUCGAUCCGAUAGGAGCGUUGGGAGAAACACACCUGUAGCCCAUUCCUUGUAUUAUACAUUAAUUGUUGAACAUUAUGUUUAGUGCUAUUAAUAUUUAAAGAAUAUGUACAAGUACAUAAAACACUGUUAAAUAAAAAUAAAGCUACGAUUUGUAACUAGCCUA